AUGCCCGAAAUCAAAACCUACACAAUCGCGGAACCCUACCUAAACCUGCAGUGCGGGCUAGGAGAAGGCCCGCAUUGGGAGAGCUCGCGCAACAGCCUCCGCUUCGUCGACAUCGUGAAGAAGAAGCUGCACGUGGUGAAUCUGGUCCACGGCCCGUCGUCACACCAGCAGUUCGAUCUGGACUACAGCAUUGCGUGCUCGGCGGACAUUGAUGGGGAUGAGACGCGGUUUGUGUUUGGGGGCAACAGUGGGUAUGGCGUUUUCGAGCGCGAGACCGGAGAACAUCGGGUCGUGAGGGGGAUGUGGAGGGAUGCUGAGAGGUUGGAGGAUGGGGGUGGGAGGGCUGGGGUGGGGAGGUGUAAGGAGGAGAGGAUGAGGAGUAAUGAUGGCGCCGUUGACGCUAGGGGGCGCUACUUCGUGGGCACGAUGAACGAUCCCGCUCUCGUUGGCGAGAACUUCACGGAUGAAGGCGUGCUCUUCCGCCUGGAUCCCGACUUGAGCCUCCACCGAGUCACAGAGGGUGUGACGAUCCCCAACGGCACGUCAUGGUCUGCGGACAACAAGACCAUGUAUUUUACGGAUUCCCCUUCCGGCAAGAUCGUGGCGUACCCGUAUGAUUUGGAGACUGGUGAGGCGAUGUGGGAUGAGGGCAAGACGUUCUUUACCUGUCCCUAUGAAGGCGGUGUGCCAGAUGGCCACUGCCAGGACGAGGAAGGCCACUUUUGGGUUGCCUGCUUCGGCACGAGCAAGGUCGUCCGGGUUGAUCCCAAUGGCAACGUCGUGGCAGAGGUAGAGGUCCCGACACGCUGCGUGACUUGUCCGACCCUCUGUGGCACUGAACUCUUCAUCACCACUGCUGCUGAGCUGGAUCCUGAGAAGUAUCCGCGGAGCACCAAGUAUCAGGGAAGUGUCUUCAAGGUGGAUGUUGGUGUUAGAGGUAAGCCGCUGAACAAGUUUAAGAUGGUGGGCGAGGUGUAG